UCUGUGUCCGAACAGCGCAUUUCUAAUAGCAGAUGGUGGGAAGGAGAGCUCCCAGCGUUAUCUACCAGCCGUGAAAAUAUUGUCUCAGACGCGGUGAUCGCAAAGGCUCAAGCCUGGACUCCAGAAACAGUUAUGUUAGGUAUGCAUAACGUCAUGAACGCUACAGACUAUGACAACAACAACGCAACGUUUGCUGCCUGGAACUUUCAAAGGAACGGCACAACUGAAGAAGAGGUUGAAUUCUCAGGGUUCGACACCGUGGCUGUUGUCAUCGCCGCCAUCGGUAUUGCAGGGUUCCUGAGCAAUGGCGCGGUGGUUUUGCUGUUCCUGAAGUUCCGGCAGCUGCGCACUCCCUUCAACAUGCUGCUGCUGAACAUGUCCGUGGCCGACCUGCUGGUGUCCGUGUGCGGCAACACGCUGUCCUUCGCCUCCGCCGUCCGUCACCGCUGGCUGUGGGGCAGGCCCGGCUGUGUAUGGUACGGGUUCGCCAAUCACCUCUUUGGUCUGGUAUCCCUGAUCUCCCUGGCUGUCAUCUCCUACGAGCGGUACCGGAUGGUAGUCAAGCCGAAGGGCCCGGGCUCCUCUUACCUUACCUACAACAAAGUGGGCCUGGCCAUUAUCUUCAUCUACCUGUACUGUCUGCUGUGGACGACUCUACCAAUCGUGGGGUGGAGCAGCUACCAACUCGAGGGUCCUAAGAUAAGCUGCUCCGUAGCAUGGGAGGAGCACAGCCUGUCCAACACGUCUUACAUCGUGGCUAUCUUCAUCAUGUGUCUGCUACUGCCUCUUCUCAUCAUCAUAUACUCCUACUGCCGCUUGUGGUACAAGGUGAAGAAAGGUUCGCAGAACCUUCCACCAGCCAUAAGAAAGUCGAGUCAGAAGGAACAGAAGAUUGCCCGGAUGGUAGUGGUGAUGAUCACGUGUUUCCUGGUGUGCUGGCUGCCGUACGGAGCCAUGGCGCUGGUGGUGAGUUUCGGCGGGGAGAGCCUGAUCUCCCCCACCGCUGCAGUGGUUCCGUCUCUGCUCGCCAAGUCCAGCACCUGCUACAACCCGCUGGUCUACUUCGCCAUGAACAACCAGUUCCGCCGGUAUUUCCAAGAUCUUCUGUGCUGCGGCCGCAGACUGUUUGACGCCUCUGCCUCUGUGAACACGUGUAACACCUCGGCCAUGCCCAGACAUUCCCCAGUUUUCCAGAAACCCGACUCUGACCAGUACAAUGGGAUACAAAAGAGUAGAGAACCACAGAUGAGAACAACGGGGCAAAACGCGCCAUACCGACAGUGGAUAGAGAUGCAGACCAUCGCCGUCGUCGUGAAGGCUGACGAAGUAAACAACAAAUUUGGCGAGGUUAAAACGUAAAGAGACAUUCUAGCAUUGACACAAGCAAUACAUACAUCGCCCAGGACUUACAGCGCCACCUUUCUGCUCACAUGUUAACUACAGCUGCAAAAGUUGUGAUGUAGUGGAUACAGUAAUUGCAAUCGGGUAGAAUUGCAUAUAUUUGAAGAUGUUCUGUGAAUUCAAAUAAAUUCUCUGCAAAAACGGUAUAUAUCUAUAUCUACAGUUUAUAUUUCGAAAGCAAUAGAAUCAUGCCUCCUAACUCGACGGAAAUGCAAGUUGUUACUUAUAAUUAGGAUGCAACAGCGAACAACAAGGUUUAA